UAAACAGCCGCUUUACACUAAUUAGCCCCCAACACAAUUUACGCGAUGUCUCGAAACAGUCGCCACUGCACGGCUUCCCACAGUCGACUCGCGACACUCCACCAUGUUGGUUCAGAUUCUCAUCAUGAUGUACCUCGCUACCUGCCUCGUCUUUUAUGUAGCUCACGUUAUAGACUAUUAUAUAACCGUGCUUUAAUUGACUUUUUAAGUGUCAUGUGGCUGGUGACAGUUUGGAGGUUCAAGCGGCUUGAUGAGGACGAAGCGACGACAUCCGGCCUGACGGACGGCGCGCAGGGCGACGUGCAGAACCGCGUCAUCUUCGUCAACCGACCGCAGCCGCAGAAGUUUCUCUCCAACAAAGUGUCCACCGCCAAAUACAGCGUGGCGUCGUUCUUGCCCCUGUUCCUGUUUGAGCAGUUCCGGCGCUACUCCAACUGCUUCUUCCUGCUGAUAGCGCUGCUGCAGCAGAUCCCCGACGUGUCCCCCACGGGCCGGUGGACCACAUUAACACCGCUCUUCUUCAUUCUCUUCGUGUCCGCCGUCAAGGAGAUCCUCGAGGACUUUAAACGACACCGUGCCGAUGACGAGACGAACAACCGGCGCUGCGACGUGCUUCGUCAAGGACGCUGGAUGUCGCUACGCUGGUCCGAGCUGCUCGUCGGAGACAUCGUCAAAGUGCUCAACAACCAGUUCUACCCCGCUGACCUGGUGCUGCUGUCCACCAGCGAACCUCAAGGGAUUGUUUUCAUCGAGACAUCGAACCUGGACGGCGAGACCAACCUGAAGAUCAGGCAGGCGUCGCCGGAGACAGUCCGGCUUGAGGAUGCCGACUUGCUGGCCUCGUUUGCGGCCACCAUACAGUGCGAGCCCCCCAACAGGCAUCUCUACGAGUUCAACGGGCUGCUUAAGGAGGCCAAUUCCAAAACGAUUUCACUGGGGCUGGAGCAAAUGAUGCUGCGAGGCUCCAUGCAGCGCAACACGGCGUGGCUGUACGGCGUCGUGGUGUACACGGGCCACGAGACCAAGCUCAUGAAGAACUCCACCAAAGCACCCUUGAAGCGAUCAUCGAUAGACAAGCAGACGAACACACAGAUCCUGAUGCUUUUCAUCUUGCUGUUGGUGCUGUCCGUGGUGAGCGCGGCCUUCAACGAGCUCUGGCUGCACCGCCGCGGGAACAAGGACUGGUACAUAUCGCUCAAGGACGCGGUGAACCUAAACUUCGGUUUUAACUUUUUGACAUUUUUAAUAUUGUACAACAAUCUUAUACCCAUAUCGUUACAAGUCACUGCUGAAAUAGUUAGGUUUUUCCAAGCGAAGUUCAUAGCGUUGGACAGCGAGAUGUACCACGCACCCACGGACACACCGGCGCAGGCGCGCACCUCCAACCUGAAUGAGGAGCUCGGCAUGGUCAAGUACAUCUUCAGCGACAAGACCGGCACCCUCACCGCCAACAUCAUGGAGUUCCACAAGUGUUCCAUCGCCGAGAUAAUGUACAAUCGCCCAGGCCCCAACGAGCCGCUGGAGCAGACGCAACUAUACCAAAACCUGUUGCUGAACCACCCCACCAGUCCCGUCAUCCGCGAGUUCCUGACCAUGCUGGCCAUCUGCCACACCGUCAUACCCGAGCAAGAGGGCGGCAAGAUCAACUAUCAUGCCGCUUCACCAGAUGAACGCGCGCUAGUGCUAGGCGCGGCGAUGUACGGUUACGUGUUCACAACGCGGACACCGAAGACAGUCACCAUCGAUGCGGGCGGCGAGUCACUCACGUUCCAGGUGCUCAACGUCAUCGACUUCACGUCCGCGAGGAAGCGCAUGUCGCUCAUCGUGCGCACGCCCACAGGCGAUAUAAAGCUGUACUGCAAGGGAGCGGACUCCGUGAUCUACACACGCUUAGCGCGCGGUCCGGAGCAGGCCGUGUUCGGCGCCGCCACGUUAGCCCAUCUCGAGGCCUUCGCGGCCGAGGGGCUGCGGACACUCGUGUUCGCCGUGGCCGACAUAUCUCCAUCUGUGUACGAGGAAUGGGCGAACACGUACCACAAGGCGAGCGUGGCCAUCCAGAACCGCGAGGAGAAGAUCGAGGAGGCGGCCAACCUCAUCGAGACCAACCUGCGCCUGCUCGGCGCCACCGCCAUCGAAGACAAGCUGCAGGACGGCGUGCCAGAGACGAUAGCGGCGUUGCUGAAAGCCAAUAUAAACGUGUGGGUGUUGACGGGGGACAAGCAGGAGACCGCCAUCAACAUCGCGCACUCGGCGCAGCUCAUCAACACCAACAUGCCGCUCAUGAUCCUCAACGAGGACAGCCUGGAUGCCACACGAGAGAUUAUCGCUCGUCAUUCAGCCGACUUCGGCGAGAACCUGCGCAAGCAGAACGAAGUAGCCCUCAUCGUGGACGGCAAGACGCUCACCUACGCCAUGGGCUGCGACCUCAAAAAGGACUUCCUGGACCUCUGCAUCUCCUGCAAGGUGGUCGUUUGCUGCCGCGUCUCUCCUAUACAGAAAGCCGAGGUGGUGGAGAUGGUGUCGGCGGCGACAGGCGCGGUGACGCUGGCCAUCGGCGACGGCGCCAACGACGUGGCCAUGAUCCAGCGCGCCAGCGUCGGCGUCGGCAUCUCCGGCGUCGAGGGGCUGCAGGCCGUCUGCGCAUCCGACUACAGCAUCGCGCAGUUCCGUUUCCUGCUGCGGCUGCUGCUGGUGCACGGCGCGUGGAACUACUCGCGCAUCAGCAAGCUGAUCCUGUACUCCUUCUACAAGAACAUCUGCCUCUACGUCAUCGAGCUCUGGUUCGCCAUGUACUCGGCCUGGUCGGGCCAGAUCCUGUUCGAGCGGUGGUCGAUAGGUUUCUACAACGUGAUCUUCACGGCGUGGCCGCCGUUCGCCAUCGGCCUCUUCGACAAGCUGUGUUCACCAGAAAUCAUGAUCAGGCAUCCCGUGCUAUACCUGCCAUCGCAGCAAGGCCUGCUGUUCAACGUACGAGUCUUCUGGGUGUGGAUGAUCAACUCGCUAAUCCACUCCGUUCUGCUGUUCUGGCUGCCGGUGCUCAUGACCGAACAGCACGUCCUGUGGCCCCACGGGAAGGACGGCGGGUACCUGGUGCUCGGCAACAUCGUCUACACGUACGUGGUACUAACGGUGUGCCUAAAGGCCGGGCUGGCCACGCACUCGUGGACGUGGGUCACUCACGUCGGCAUCUGGGGCUCGCUGGCCAUGUGGUUCCUGUUCAUCCUCAUCUACAGUAACAUCUACCCAGUGGUGCUGAUCGGCAGCGUGAUGCGCGGGAUGGACCGGAUGGUGUUCACCUCCGCUGUGUUCUGGCUCGGGCUGGUCCUCAUCCCCGUGGCUACCCUCGCUCCCGACCUGCUCGUCACUGUCAUCCACAACAGCGCGUUCAAGUCUAUGACGGAGGCGGUGCGAGAAAGCGAGAUCAAGCAGCGCGACCCCGCCGACCUGCUCGACCAGCCGCGACACUCCCUCACGGAAACGGCGCGGCUGCUCCAGAACGUCCGCAGUGUCUUCAGCCGCCGCACCACGCGCGUCAACCUCGAGCUUGAGCUGUCCCAUGGGUUCGCGUUCUCUCAAGAGGAGGGCGGGAGCGUGUCGCAGUCGGACGUCAUCCGCGCGUACGACACCAGGCGGCCGAGGACGCGCCGCUCCUGAAGCUCGGCGCGGCAGGCGACGCGCCGCUAAACUGCCGCGAGGCAGACGCGCCGCUCCUAAACUGCCACGCAGACGUCGCGCCGCCGCUACAUUGGCGCGAGGCAACCGACUGCGACGCCGAGAGCUGACGCCCCGAGCG